AUGCAACCUACUACAAGCACUGAGUCCAGCUCACUCUCUCAAAAGGAACGUGCCAAUGACUCUAUUUCUAUAAGUAGUGAGCCUCAAGAUUUCAGAGGUGAUAACCUCGAGGCUCAACAUGCAGACUUGAUGCUUCAAAAGACUGCUACAAUCAGCUCUGCUAUCGAAUCUAAUGUUUCCGCUACAAGACAGUUAUCACGUAUUGCUACUGGUACUAUUAAUGUACCAGAAAGAAUCGGCGUUGAUUAUUCUAACACUUUACCAAUGGGUGGUGACAGACCUUAUCCACCAUCUUUACCAGAUAAAGACGCCUUUGAGGUCACUUUUGAUGGUCCAGAUGAUCCUUUACAUCCUUUUAACUGGACUCUAACGAAGAAAACUAUAAUUUGUCUGAUCCUUUGUCUGGACUGUAUCUGUAUUUCAAUGGCCAGUAGUAUUUUUGCUUCUGGUGUCACACAAAUUUGUGAAAUCUAUCACGUCAUUCAAGUUGUUGCCAUCCUUGGUGUCACUUUGUAUGUCUUCGGUUUCGCUGCUUCCCCAAUUAUUUACGCUCCAUUAUCUGAAAUCUAUGGUAGAAGAGGUGUCCUUGUUCUUUCUUCUCUCGGUUUCUGUAUAUUCCAAUUCGCUGUAGCUACUGCCGAAAACUUGCAAACUAUCAUGAUCUGUAGAUUCUUUGGUGGUUUGAUUGGUGCUGCUCCAAUGGCUGUCGUUCCCGCUGCUUUUGCCGAUAUGUUCGAUACUAACAUGAGAGGUAAGGCUGUCUGUCUCUUCUCAUUGGGUGUCUUCGUUGGUCCAAUCAUUUCACCAGUCAUGGGUUCUUACAUCGUUCAACACACAACUUGGAGAUGGUUAGAAUACGUUGUAGGUUGUUUAGCUGCUUUGGUUUUCGUCUUAGUUGCCCUAUUCUUCGAAGAAACUCAUCAUCCAAGUAUUUUGGUCGGUAAAGCCAAACAAAUGAGACAAGAUACUAACAACUGGGGUAUUCAUGCCGCCCACGAAAAUGCUGAACUGUCUAUAAGAGAUAUUGUCCAAAAUACAAUUACUAGGCCAUUGAUCAUGCUGUUUACUGAACCAGUCUUAUUGAUUGUUUCUAUUUACAACUCUUUUGUCUACGGUAUCUUAUAUUUACUUUUGGAAGCUUACCCAAUUGUUUUCGUCGAAGGUUAUGGUUACACCAAAAAUGGUGAAUUGCCAUAUAUUGCUUUGAUUAUUGGUAUGAUUUUCUGUGCCAUGUUCAUUUGGUACAUGGACUCGAGUUACUUGAAAAAAGUCAAUAAAGCUGGCGGCUUAGUUCCAGAAGCUAGACUAGAACCAAUGAUUUUAGCGGGUAUAGUCUUUCCAAUUGGUAUCUUAUGGUUCUGCUGGACCGGUAACUAUCCAGAAAAGAUUCACUGGAUUUGUCCAACUAUCGCUGGUGCUUUCAUAGGUUUCGGUUUGAUGGGUAUUUUCUUACCAUGUCUAAACUAUAUCAUUGAAUCCUACUUACUAGUUGCAGCUUCUGCUGUGGCAGCCAACACAUUCAUGAGAUCUUCAUUCGGUGCGACUUUCCCAUUAUUUGCAGGUUAUAUGUUUGAAGGUAUGGGUACUGGCUGGGCCGGUUUAUUAUUAGGUUUAUUCGCCGCUGCCAUGAUUCCAGUUCCUUUACUACUACUAAAAUUCGGUCCAGGUAUUAGAAAGAGAUCUAAAUGGGCCUAUUCAGGUUAA